AUGACUAAAUCACCAACCAUGAAUUCUCAGUGCACGAUACCCCUCUCCCAUACCACCAAGGAAAAACCUAUGUUUGCCAAGGCAAACAAAGGAAGUUGGUUCGAGUGCCAAGGGGAAUCCGCAAUGAGGGCAUUGAGGGACAUCUCCACGACGUCCCUGAAAGAGGCACCCGAAGAAAAGGCGCUUCCACUGUGCUGGAAGGCCGUGAAGCCUUUUAAGUCCGUCCUUGAACUCAAUAAAUACUUCCAGCCUAUAGUCCUUGGCUUCGUAAGUGGCAAGAGUCUAGCUCAAAUGGUGAUUCCCCCGGAGAAUUAUUUCAUCGUCACGGAAAAAGGCAACGCUUGCCUGGGUAUCCUCAAUGGAAAUGAUGUUGGUCUCAAGGACUUAAUCCUUAUCGGAGACAUAUCGAUGCAGGAUAUGAUAAUUGUUUACGAUAAUGAGAAUCAACGGAUUGGAUGGGCAACUGGCUGCAAUCGGCUCAUUUCUGGAAAUGCUGAAGAAUACGAAGUUGGAUUCCAGUUCCACGACGGUAUUUUUUCUCAGCUCCAAUUUGCGGGAAUUGGUGCUCUCCAAGAGUAGUCGAUUUAUUCAGUACAGUGCUCCAAGUAGGUUGUUAUUAGUGAAAUGUAGAUUGGUUGCAAAUAUCCUGUAUUUCAAUUCCUAAUGCAAUCACGUGAUCAUACAUGUUUAAACCAUUACAGAAUAAUUUUUUUGUUCACAAAUAUAACCGCCUUCUUAGAAAUGUGUGUAAAGUGCCAGCAUUUUUGCUGGAAGCGACUUGGGGACCUGGGAUGGCUGCUCUUUGCCUUGAAAAAAUAUUUU